AUUUCCAGUCUUUGUCCCAUAUUUUCCUUGAUAGGUCUUGAAAUAUCCAGUUUCCUCCAUGAAAGAGACCUUCAUUUGGAAUGUGAGAGUCACUCACCUUGAACUCUCAGCCACUGAAGGAAGAGACCAAGAUGAAUGCAGAGCCCGAGAAGAAGUUUGGCGUGGUGGUGGUUGGUGUUGGCAGAGCCGGCUCUGUCAGGAUAAGGGACUUGCGGAAUCCACAGCCUUCCUCAGCGUUUCUGAACUUGAUCGGUUUCGUGUCCAGACGGGACCUUGGGAGCAUUGAUGAAGUGCAGCAGAUAUCUUUGGAAGAUGCUCUUUCCAGCCAAGAAGUGGAGGUUGCCUACAUCUGCAGCGAAAGCACCAGUCAUGAGGACUACAUCAGGAAGUUCCUGAAUGCUGGCAAGCAUGUCCUUGUGGAAUAUCCCAUGACGCUGUCUUUAGCAGCAGCUCAGGAAUUGUGGGAGCUGGCCGAGCAGAAAGGAAAAGUCUUGCAUGAGGAGCAUAUUGAACUGUUGAUGGAGGAAUUUGCUUUCCUGAAAAAAGAAGUGGUGGGAAAAGAACUGCUGAAAGGGUCUCUCCUCUUCACAGCUGGCCCUUUGGAAAAAGAACGGUUUGGCUUCCCUGCAUUCAGUGGCAUCUCUCGCCUGACCUGGCUGGUCUCUCUCUUUGGGGAGCUCUCCCUUGUGUCUGCCACUUUGGAAGAGCGAAAAGAAGAUCAGUAUAUGAAAAUGACUGUGCACUUGGAGACUGAAAACAAAUGUCCACUGUCAUGGAUUGAAGAGAAAGGACCUGGUCUAAAACGAAACAGAUAUUUAAGCUUCCAUUUCAAAUCUGGGUCCCUGGAGAAUGUGCCAAAUGUAGGUGUCAAUAAGAACAUUUUCCUAAAAGAUCAAAAUAUAUUUGUCCAGAAACUCUUAGGCCAGUUCUCUGAGAAGGAACUGGCAGCUGAAAAGAAGCGCAUCCUGCACUGCCUGUCUCUUGCAGAAGAAAUCCAGAAAUACUGCCUUCCAAAGAAGUGAGGAGGAAGUGACCCAGGGCUCUUGGAUUGGAUCAGAGUUUGAUGUUUAUCAAGAAUUGACCUUUAUUAUUAUAAUUAAACAUUAGCUAAACAGGAUUAUCUUACUGUAGUAGUUGCUUUGGGGUGAUAUUUUGGAUUGGGACUAUGCAGUUUGGAUGAGGAAAGAACUUACCUUGGUUGAGCUGAGCCAAAUGCUCUGUAUGCUGUUUUCAUUUACUCCUCCCCACAGCCCUAUGAGAAGGGCGUGGGCAUGCCUCUCAUUAAUGAACCAGAAAACCUUGUUUGAAGUCAACCAGAUAGUAAAUAGCAAAACUGGACUUUUAAGCCUACCUGUGAUCUGAACCACUACCAAAUGCUGCCUUAAACUCUUUCCUGCAUUAAAGAUUUUUAUUGUCCUCCAUAAGCAUUCACUGGGUGACUCUGUUGGAUGCUUGAGAAUUCUAAAAUAUAGCCAUUGCAUUCAUCAACUCACAGUGUCAAAAGGGAACCAGCCACACAAACAGGUCAUUAUGACACAGUGGUAUCAGUAAAAGAUAUGCACAGUGGACCCAGAGAAGCAUUCAGAUUUCCAAAAAUGUUCUUGCUGACAAAUGGCUCAGCUGGGGCAAAGGACAUUCCUGGUGGAGGGUUGGCCUAAGCAAAGGAAUGGGAGCAAGAAGCAGCCUGGAGAGCCCCCAGGAACAGUGUUGCUGGAACAUAAGGGUCUUGAAGAGGGAAAUCUGAUUGGAGGGAACCUGUAAAGCAAAUGUAAGACCUGGGGUUUCAUUUGUUAGCACAAAUGCACUGAAGAUGUCAUUUAAUAGAGGAGUGGAAUCACUGGUUUCAGUUGAAGUAAGAUGGCGGUAUGGAGGAGGUAAGAUUGAGAUAAAGAAGAGGCAUCAAGUUGCAUCCACAACUUGUGUGCAACCUUGGCUGCUCAUGUCAGGUCAGGCUCUGCUGCUUUUUCAUUUCAUUGUUGAUCCUGUUCCGUUUUCUCUGAAACUCAUAUCCACUCCCCACUGGCCAUCGUGACGUUAAACCAGUUUAGGAGCUAUGAGGGCAGUGAUGGAGUCCAGCUCUAUUUGCUACUCUGCUUUUAUUCCAUCACCAUAGUCCUUCAAGGUAAAGCAGUCAAAUGUAUUAAUUUGUGAUUUUAAAGGUCCUUAAAGUUAUUAUCAUAUGCAAAAGGUUUGUAAUAAAUAUUGAUCAGUU